AUGGUGCAGCGCGGCCCGCGGGGCCGGGGCGCGGAGGCUCGGCGGGAGCCGUGCGCCCCGCUGCCCGCCCGUGACACCGAGCCCGCCUGGUGCAAGACGCCGAGCGGGCACAUCAAGCGGCCCAUGAACGCCUUCAUGGUGUGGUCCCAGCACGAGCGCCGCAAGAUCAUGGACCAGUGGCCCGACAUGCACAACGCCGAGAUCUCCAAGCGCCUGGGCCGGCGCUGGCAGCUCCUCCACGACUCCGAGAAGAUCCCCUUUGUCAGGGAGGCCGAGCGCCUGCGCCUCAAGCACAUGGCUGACUACCCCGACUACAAGUACCGGCCUCGGAAAAAGGGCAAGGUGGGCACCGGAGCAGCCCGCCCGCGGCUCCCAGUGAAGAUCAAGCCCUCGGUGUUGGGCCGUGUCUCUGCCAGCCGCAGGCAGCCCGCCAAGCUGCCCGCCGGCCCCGACACCCCGCAGGAGCCCGCACCAGAGGUGCUCGCUGAGGACAGCCCUGUGGUGCCUAGCACGGCUGCCUGGCACUCGGCACCCGACGGGGAGCAGAGCCCCCAGGAGCCCCCUGCACCCCUGAGCCCUACCACACCCUGCCCGGAGCCAGGGAGAUCCCCAGAGAGCGGGUCCCCCUCUCCCAUGUCGGCUGGGUCCCCUCCCUCUUCCUUCAGCUCCUCUGACGAGGAGCUGGAGGAGGAGCUGCUGGGGAUCAUGCCCGGGCGGGCGCCUGCCAGUGCCACCUGUGGUGCCCUGGACUGGUCCGUCUUCGACAAGGACCACGACCUCUACUCGCGGGGAGGCUCCUCGCACUUCGAGUUCCCGGACUAUUGCACGCCCGAGGUGACGGAGAUGAUAGCAGGGGACUGGCUCAUGUCCAGCAUCUCAGACUUGGUUUUUACCUACUGA